CCACGACAGACGGAGACUCUCUGUGCAGCUGAGCCGACACUCAUAUGGGGAAGCACUGUGUCCUCUGAGACUUUCAGCCACAAACAAAGUUUCCCGUCUGGUUCAGUCCCUAAAAGAAAGUCCUUCGGGUUCUAUCCAGCUGGGAGAUGUUUGCCACAGCCACCAGAAACUUUGUGGAGGAAGUGGAUCGUGGAGGUUUGUUGAUCCCAGUGUCCAGCCUGAAUGACACUAUUGAUCUUCUGACUGUGGUGGUGAAGCGCAAGCGUUCCUGGCUCUGGCAGAAGCCCAAGUACAUUCCCACUGACUUUAACCUCAAUGAUAUACUAACAGGGGACACGCCUAUAAAGCCAGGUGUCAUAGAGGCAGACUUCAUCAAAUACAACGGGACGUAUGGUGACAACAUUCAGGGAAGUGUGGAUGCAAAUUUUGCCCACUCCAAUGUGAACCUGCAGGGUAAAGACUCUUCCAAACUCCAGUCAUCUUUUGGCAGUUUGAAGAAAGAGGAAGUGGAUGUGCAGAAGCUGCUGCGAGACUCCAAAGACAGGGUCCUGGACAUGUCCCACAGUCUGGUCCAGCAGACAAAGGAGAAGCCCAAACAGGCGUUUGGGAUUGUGAAGGAGCGAAUUGUGACCGCUCAGCCCUGUUCAGUCAUAGAGGAGGUGCAGCAGGGAGGACAGUGGGGAGGAGUACUGAGCCUCUGCGGGCCCAAGAACUCAAAGGUUUCAUUGAAGGAGAAUGGGAGCUUGAGUAAAGACAGUAACGUUACCAUGGAGAUUCCCAUCCACACUACCAUUGCCUAUGCCCUUAUUGAGCUAGAGAUCAAACAAGAUGGACGCUAUGAGAUGUGUCUGAUGUCAUACACCACUGGAGGUUUUGAAGUAGAUGGCCCUGCUUGGAAAAGAUUGUUUGGUGCCUCGGUAGCUCCUGUGGAUGCCCCUGACCAUAGCCACCUUAGACAACAGCUGGAGGAACUGAGUGAGCAUUACCAGCUGCUUUCUGCUCUCCCUGUCUCCACAAGGUCGUCUCUGCUCCAGCAGAUCACAAAAGUUAUGGAGGACAGAGAGGCAGUCAGUUCACUUCAGAAUGUGCUGGACCAGAUGUGCCUCGGUCAGAUACCUCCCCCGGAUGAUGUUACGACCACGGAGUCUCAAAAACAGAACAUCCAAGCAAUUCUGGACCUUUUGCAGCAGUCUGGUCAGGUGGAAUUAACACAGGCAGGCCAGUCCACACCAGUCCUCACAGCCAUUCACCUCAUUGUCAGCGCCAUGGAUGAAAUGACAAAUGACUGUCUUGCUGUCUUGGGGAUGUGCUGCAGCUUCACAGUGUUGCAGGCUCUGGAGCUACUGGUUCAGUGCGUAUCGAGGAAGGAAGAGUUGCCUCUGAGCAGCGCAGGCCUGGCUGCACUGACUGAAGAUGUCUAUGAAAAGGCUGAACAUCUGUUUGCGUCCUCGAAUGUGUCCCUGAAAAGAAACGGGGACACGGUAAAGACAGAAAUAAACCAGCAGCCAGGAAACCUUCCUCUGGUCCUAUGUAUCGCUGUCAGAGGUCUUGCCACAUUGUCCCACUGUGAUUGACGAUUUUAUAUCCACCAGAAACAAUAACUAUCACCUGGAAUGAGGUAAAUGGGAUCACAUAGAUCAAGUGUUAUUUAUCAGUGUUUCUUACUCUUUUUGGUGCUGUUGAAUUUCUUCUAAAAUAGUGUAAUUAAUUAAUGCUUUGGUCAAUUAACAGACAAUCAAUUGACCAAUUGUCAAACAUUUUGACAAUCAGUUAGUUUAGGUCAUGGAUUUUGGACUGUUGGUGGAACAAGCAUUUUGAAGACAUAAUUUUCACUGAUUUUAGGGGGAAAAAACAAUUGAUUAUAAUCAUAAAAUAAUCAACUUUAAGAUUAUUCAAGUAAAGGAUAAUACUCUACAAGUUGUGCGUUUCUAGAAAGUAAUCCACAUCAAAAGAAUUGUCAGUGGCCAUGGUACAAUGAAAAAUAACCAAAUAACUAUUAUACGGUCACAUCUGAAUUCAUGUGCACAAUCUUUGAUGUAGAGCUUUAACUAGAAUGUACCUGCUGGUGGCAUCAGCAUCAAUCUGAACACUUAUUUGAAUAUAAUAUUCAUUUUAAUUUCUGAAAGAAAAUGAAAGAAUAAGAGUUCACUGAAAGGCCCCUUACCAUCUUAUUUUGAGCAAUGUCACUAGAGAUUAAUGUGCCUAGUAUCUAAAAGAAGCAAAACUUUUUUUUAUUGAGUUCUCAUUUUUAUGUGAUUGUGAUUGUGAUUGUUCCUCAUACAUUUUAAAGUAUACACUAAUUAUUUCUGAAGGGUCUGUGGGAUAUUUUGUACUGAUCUUAUAUCUUUAAAGCUUUAGAUUGUUUAUCUGUAUUUCAACUUACUUCUAUAUUUUCCUCUGUUAAAUAUUGUUCAGUCAGUUAUGAAGAUUUUGUUUGACACUUCCACAUAAAUCCAUAGCAUUGUCCUCCAAAUGUUUACGUUCCAACUACAAACCUCAUUCUGAAUCACUUGAGCACAUUUGUGUAUGAAUAUUGAAACUUGUCUGAGUCUGAAUGUGCCUUUAAUAUUCCAUUGUUUCAACAUGCUACCUUUUAUCUGUAUCGCUUUUGUAUGUUUAUCUCUGUGGGCCAAAAAGAAAAACAUAUCACCUUAAAGUAA